GUGACCACAUAUUGUAAGUCACAUGCACAGUGUUCCUGUUUAUGUCAACAUGGUUUCGCGGACCUAUAUAUUUAAUGUUGGUAACUUUGCUUUUCUGUUUGCUAUCUUUGUGGUUGGAGAGGGACGAAUCAAGGGGUUUGGUAGAUUUUAUGAUUGGCAGAAACCCGUGUCCGACGAUCAAUGGUUCAUACAGAAACUCGAUCACUUCAAUGGAGCUGACGGCAGAGUGUGGAAGCAGAGGUAUUUUGUGAAUGAUGCCUUCUACAAGAUGGGAGGACCGGUCUUUCUUAUGAUCGGUGGAGAGGGUCCAGCCAAUCCAGCAUGGAUGCAACAUGGUACCUGGCUCACAUAUGCAGAGAAACUGGGAGCCAUUUGCUUCAUGUUAGAACAUCGCUUCUAUGGAAAAAGUCACCCAACAGAUGACCUGAGCACGGAGAACCUGCGCUUCCUCAGUAGCCGCCAGGCUUUGGCUGACCUGGCCCACUUUCGGACUGUGAUGGCUGAGACUCAAGGGCUGGUCAACCGGAAGUGGGUGGCAUUUGGGGGGUCUUACCCUGGGUCUUUAGCAGCGUGGUUCAGGCUGAAGUAUCCUCAUCUGGUGCAUGCCUCUGUGGCCACCAGUGCACCAAUUCACGCCACAGUCAACUUUCCAGAGUACUUGGAGGUUGUGGGGCACUCACUGGCUUCAGAGAACACUGACUGUCCUCUACUGGUAAAAAAGGCUUCGGAUAUCCUAAUAGAGCAACUCAGUGACCCUGCAAACUAUGACAACAUCACCAAAGACUUCAACUUGUGUUCCAAACUAGAAAUUCAAACAGAGACAGAUUCUGCCUACUUCCUGGAAACGCUUGCUGGCAACUUCAUGGAUGUGGUCCAGUAUAACGAAGACAACAGGGGGUUUGAGGGUGUAGUGGGCACCAACAUCACAAUCAAGGUGCUCUGUGGGGUGAUGGCAGACACAUCACUUGGAGACCCGUAUGCCCGAUAUGCUGCUGUGGCCCGCCUCAUGAUGGACACCUUUUCAAUGAAAUGUGUGGACGUCAGCUUUAACAAGAAUCUGAGAGACAUGACUAAUACAUCCUGGGAUGGGCCGGCCGCAGGCGGAGGGAGACAGUGGGUCUACCAAACCUGCACUGAAUUUGGAUUUUAUCAAAGCACCGAUUCCCCUAACCAGCCGUUUGCUGGCUUCCCUCUGGAGUAUCAUGUGAAACAGUGUGCAGACUUCUACAAUAUCACCGCUGAGCAGCUUGCGGCGUCUGUGGUUGAGACCAAUGAGUAUUAUGGCAGCUACGAUAUCCACUCAGAUAGAAUAGUUUUCCCGAAUGGGUCCAUUGACCCCUGGCAUGCACUGGGCAUCACUCAAGACAUCGGGGCUGACCUUCCGGCUGUUUUCAUCAAAGGAACAGCACACUGUGCCAACAUGUACCCCGCCAACUCCAAGGAUCCUCUCCAGCUAACACUUGCCAGGGAUCACAUCUUCUUACAUCUGCAACAAUGGUUGAAGCAAUAAAUGCUUUCUAUCUUGUGCCUGUGCACUGAUCAUACUGUUUAAUCGCUGCUUGAAAAUACAAGAUUUACGGUCAAAGUUACACAUAUCUAAUUAUUGGAAGUGUAUGACAAAAUUGAGCUGAUGAUUAAAGAUAUUUUUAUGCGCUGUGUA